CUGGCAAUAUCUGAAAACCCUGGAUCGAUAUUCCAAUAUUCCAAUACAUAGAGCGUCUUACCAUUCCAUCCAGCCACCUCUGUUCAUUUCGUUAUUAUCUACGUCAACAAAUGACUUCUCUUGUGCCUUUCCCUAUCUGUAAACUCCCAUCAACCGCACUCACCGCUGUAACGGAUCACAUGAACAUUUUAGAAAUUUUUUCCCUUCUUGCCACUUCACAAAACUCAAACCACCUCGUUUCCAAGUCCAUCAGAGCUUUUACAAUGUUGAAGAGAGCCUCAAGAAAGGAUUACUUCACUGCUUCGAUUAUUGCCUGUGAAGAUCUUAUCGAAAUCAUUCUAAGUUUUCAAGGAUACCAACUCCCUAUUUAUGUGGGGAAUGAACUUUCCGAAGUUCGAAAAACAAUCAUCUUCCUCAACGAAACCGUUAUUCUGUAUCCUUUUAAUAUCGAAAUAGAUUAUAGAAAGGAAGAAGACGUCCGACGAAUUGUAGAAAUGAUUCGCUCAAUUCGUCAACGGUUCUACAUAUUCUGCUUCACAAACCAAAGCAUAUCGGAGGAGUUGUUCGAGAUUAUUCUGAAACUACGCUCAUGCAAGUUGCACAUAGAUGUGACAAAUCCCCACAGGAUAAGCGUCAACAACUGGAAGAUGCUCAUUAAUUGCGUGAGCACAUCGGCUAGCUUCAACGGAAUUAACAUCUCAAGCCGAAAGAUAAGGAUGCUUCGAAAAUUAUGGAAUAAAGGAAAUUCUCUGCGGUCGUUUGAAGCAAAAGGAAUGAAUAUAAAGAACAGAUACUGUUCGAUAGAUUCAUUUGGUAAACGCAAAUUCAACAUUAAUGGAUAGUUUUUUUUUAAUACUAUUUUUCUCUUUUUUGUCCAUUUCUCACCAUAUAUCUAUUCUAGAUAUCUAUUCUUCUGUUCAAGAUUUCAAAAAAAAAAAUCUUCAACAAUAAACUAAUGUUCAACUAAA